AUGGCGUUCGUAGUGAAACUGUAGUGUCCGAUUGAAAGCAAAGUUACUUAAAUAGUUUCUUCCGAUUGAGGUGAUUGUCGAUGGUCAAGUAGUAACGCCCGAUAGUGGUUUACUUCCGUAAAUAAGUCCGCCAAUCAGCCGAUAAGCAAGCCGUUCGCACUUUUAAUCUAAUCAUUUUGAAACCUACGGCAUUCCCACCAACAGUGCUCCCUUGGAGAUUUCCAAGUGAUCAACAUAUAAUGAAACAGCUGCUGCUGGUCGUUGCCGCCUUAGUGUUUGCAGUAGAUGCACAGAUCCAUCCGGAUAUUAUAGAAGACGCGCAUUUAGAUGCGAUUGGAUUGCUACGGAAGUAUGGCUAUCCAGCUGAAGAACACACCGUAGAAACUGACGAUGGAUAUCUCCUGGGAGUACACCGCUGUCCAGGCAGUCCCUUGUCACCGCCUGCAGUAGGGAAACCCGUAGUUCUGCUACAGCAUGGAAUGCUGAGUUCUUCAGCCGAUUAUAUUCUGAUGGGACCGCAGACUAGUUUGGUCUACAUGCUGGCUGAUGCUGGGUUUGACGUUUGGCUGGGCAACGGUCGCGGUAAUCGUUAUUCCAAUCGUCACCGCAACCGAAACAACUCGACCCAACAAUUCUGGGACUUUUCCUGGCACGAGGUUGGCAGCAUCGAUAUUCCAAACAUGAUCGACUUUAUCCUGGCGCGGACUGGGCAGCAAAGUCUUCAAUACGUAGGACAUUCACAAGGCACCACAGCCUUCUGGGUAAUGAUGUCACAACAUCCGUACUACAACCGCCGUGUCAAGAGUGCACACAUGCUUGCCCCAGCGGCUUACAUGCAUCACACUCGUAGUCCCUACGUCAUUUUUCUGGCGACGUUCCUUCACACAACCGAGCUAAUGCUGGACAUGAUGGGAACUUGGUACUUUGCUCCAACCAACGAGAUGAACAUCCAAGGAGGACUUCAAAACUGCCAUGACGGUGCGCCUUUCCAGCAGAUGUGUACCAUCAAUACCUUCUUGAUUGCAGGAUUCAACACUCAAGAAGUCAACUACACAAUGCUACCGGUCAUUCACGCCCAUUCACCUGCCGGAGCGUCCACCAUGCAGAUGAUUCACCACGCACAGACGGUUCGUUCCCGCAUCUUCCGUCAGUACGACCAUGGACCAACGAUUAACUUAGUCCGCUACGGUUCAAUGGUUCCCCCGCGAUACAACUUUGACAACGUGCAGGCCCCUACACUGCUCUAUCACAGCACCAACGAUUGGCUGGCGGGUCCGGAAGAUGUUGAACUCCUCCGGCGAGAGCUUCCGAAUGUCCACAAGCAGUACCUCGUACGGCAACGGGAGUUCAACCAUAUGGACUUCAUCUGGGCCAUCAACGUGCGAUCACUGUUGUAUGACGAACUGUUGGCCGAUCUUAGAACAUACGCAUAAAAAUACAUGAAAAAAUUAUGAGAGCAACUGUAAACAUUCCAAUAUUGAAAUAAGUUAA